AGCCUAUCCCUACCCCGACCCUGACAAGCUUGAGUUCCUGGUCCUGGCUAGGUUCCAGGUACAUCUGUCAGGGGAACUCCUUGUGCCCAUGGGGAGUCCCAGGUAGCUCCAGUUACAGAAUCUGGUGGGAGCUGCCUAUUUCUGCCAAGCUGCCCUGGUUAUAGUGAAGUUUCCUGAGUCUGGGCACAUUGUGUCCUCUCUGAGGUGCAACAAGGACAAGGACCCUGGAGAAGGAGGUGCCCAUUCCAAGGGCCUGAAGCUUUUUUUCCUGGAAGUACCCAUGCCAGACUGUAGUGGGUUGUCUAGGCUGGCUAGGUUAUUAAUAGCCCCAGGGUAUUUUAGUCUCCCUCUCCCUACCUUAGAGAGUGCCCAGGAUUCUUAAGAACUUUUGGCCCUAAGCAGCUUGACAACAGAGGCAAUAGGACUUGUUUCUUAUCUCUGCAGUUCCUAGCUGAGGAGGGUGCUGAGUCAGUCUAGGAGCUUUUCCCCAUCUGGGGACAGUGUAUGGGAUCCCUGGAUCCCUGGAGCCCCCAGAUGUCCUGAGCCUUUGGUAGCAGAGACAGCGGGGCGGGCUGGCCGUGCUGUGCGGGCAUGUGUCGAUAGCCACAUCCGGGGGGAAUGUUACGGUGGACGGUGCACCUGGAGGGCGGGCCCCGCAGGGUGAAUCAUGCAGCAGUGUCUGUGGGGCACCGGGUGUAUUCAUUUGGAGGAUACUGCUCUGGAGAAGACUAUGAGACAUUACGCCAGAUUGACGUACACGUUUUCAAUGCAGUGUCAUUGCGUUGGACGAAGUUGCCCCCAAUGCGGUCCAGCGGACAGGCUGGGGAAGUGCCCUACAUGCGUUAUGGACAUUCAGCCGUCCUCAUUGACGACACUGUCUACCUGUGGGGUGGACGCAAUGACACAGAAGGAGCCUGCAAUGUGCUCUAUGGCUUUGAUAUCAACACUCACAAGUGGUUCACACCCAAGGUAUCUGGAACAGUGCCUGGGGCCCGAGAUGGACAUUCAGCCUGUGUCCUGGGCAAGAACAUGUAUGUCUUCGGGGGCUAUGAGCAGCUGGCUGACUGCUUUUCCAAUGAUAUCCACAAACUGGAUACCAGCAGCAUGACGUGGACCCUCAUUUCUGCCAAGGGCACUCCCGCACGAUGGAGGGACUUUCACUCAGCUACAAUGUUGGGCAACCGCAUGUAUGUUUUUGGGGGUCGAGCUGAUCGAUUUGGACCCUUUCACUCCAAUAAUGAGAUCUAUUGUAAUCGAAUCCGUAUCUUUGACACAAGGGCUGAGGCCUGGUUGGAGUGUCCAUCUACCCCAUUGUUGCCUGAGGGUCGAAGAAGCCACUCUGCCUUUGGGUACAAUGGGGAGCUGUACAUAUUUGGCGGCUACAACGCAAGGCUGAAUCGGCAUUUUCAUGACCUCUGGAAGUUCAAUCCAGUGUCCUUCUCUUGGAAGAAGAUUGAACCUAAGGGAAAGGGGCCAUGCCCCCGCCGGCGCCAGUGCUGUUGCAUCGUGGGAGACAAGAUUGUCCUCUUUGGGGGCACUAGUCCUUCUCCUGAGGAAGGCCUAGGAGAUGAGUUUGACCUCAUGGACCACUCCGACCUACACAUUCUAGACUUUAGUCCCAGCCUGAAGACCUUGUGCAAACUGGCUGUGAUUCAGUAUAACCUGGACCAGACCUGUCUGCCCCAUGAUAUCAGGUGGGAGCUGACUGCCAUGACCACCAACAGCAACAUCAGCCGCCCCAUUGCAUCAUCCCAUGGGUAGAGGGAAGCCUCCAUUGCCUUCCCUACUGAUCCUGCUGCUGUCCUCACCACCCCUUCCCAUCAUUUGCGAGCCUGCCACCAUGGGCCCCUGGACUUUGUUCCCCUGCAGCUGGAGGUGCUGGACUAGGGAUUUUUUCUGUGCUGUGGACUUUUGGAGGGGCAGCUGGGGGAGUACUGGGGCCCUCCCCUCAUCCCCUCCCCCUUGGGGCUCAGGCCCUCUCCCUUUGGUGCUCUCCCCAUCCAUGUCCUCUUUCCCUCUGAUUGUUCCUUAGCAUCUGCCGUCUGUUUAGGGUAUCCACAUAUCUUAUGGGGUUUGAGGGAGGGAAGAUGGGGAAGCAUCAGUACCUAAAUGUAGCUUCACUGCCUCCUCCACCUUCAGGAGAAACCCUUAGCCCCAAUUCCUCAACCCUGCCUGAGCCAUGAGUGGUAUCUGGGAGCUAAGAGGUGUAGAGCUGUUGAAGUGAAGUCCUCUCUUCACCCUCCUUGGGGACAGGGGUGUCCAUCGGGUGAUCCCUUCCUCCCCUCAUUCCUGACCCACUUACCCCCUCCAGGUUGUUACUGUUCCCUGAAAACCAGCCAGCGAGGAUUUUAUAAAAAUGUGUACAAACCCAAA